UUAAUGCUUGUGUCAUUUUUGAUACAAGUAUACAAAAGUUGAAAAGUUUUCUAUACAUGAGUAGUCAAUGUGUCCAAUUUUUGAUUUUGCUACUAUUCCAGAUACUUCUCAAAAUAUGACUUCCCAGCCAGCAAAACCCAAUAUUCAAACCGCAAUUGAUUUUUCUGAUAUUCCACCAUCAUAUAAUGAAUUGUACCCGCAAGUAAAUACUGAACCACCGGUAUCCCCAACGACCACACCAAGAACUGAAACUUUAUCUGUAACUGAAAGUGCCGUCACUUUCUCGAAUCAAGAGUGUCAACAAAGGAAUCAAGUAGUUAUUUCCAGACGUGCUCGAAGAAUUAACAACUGUCGAAACCGUUCUAUUUCGUGUAUCGAAUGGUCUUGUUUUUCGGUAAUAGGUUUAGUCAUUUUUAUUGUGGUUUUUUUAUCUGUUAGGUGUGUUUCAACCGACACUUGUUAAAUUGAACUUCUAAGCGUGAAAUUUAUUUUAAUUCCACAAUUUAGAAAACUAUAAUUCUAAUUGUAAGAUUAAUAAUAAAAGUAUUGUUAUUGUAUUUUUAACAGUUAAAUUAAUAUUGUUAAAUUAAAAAUAGAUGCA